AUGCUUGCAAAUGUCACCGCCGUCGUUGCUAAGCAAGCCGCUCUUAAGGGCAUUGGAUAUCUUCUCAAGCGUGCCGUAUCAGACGAAGACGACCUACCCGAUGUGACCACUCCCGAUCCCGAGGAGGACGCUGACCCCGUUACCGAGGAGAUGUUCUCUUCGUGGGCUCUUUUCAUUCUUCUAUUCCUCCUAUGUCUGGCGUUGUGGUCGUCAUACUAUCUACAGCAACGCCGCAUCAAGGCAAUUCACGAGACGGUGUUGUCUAUAUUUUACGGAAUGGUUGUGGGGUUGAUUAUUCGAGUGGCCCCUGGCCAUUACAUCCAAGACGCAGUGAAGUUCAAGUCGGGCUACUUUUUCAAUAUUUUGUUACCGCCUAUCAUUUUGAAUUCGGGUUAUGAGCUACAUCAGGCCAAUUUUUUCAGAAACAUCGGCUCCAUCUUGACCUUUGCCAUACCGGGAACGUUUAUAUCCGCCUUGGUCCUUGGCGUGAUCUUGUACAUCUGGACGGCAUUGGGCGUUGAUGGCGUCAAGCUCGAGUUUGUUGAUACUUUGGCUGUCGGUGCUACCUUGUCUGCCACCGAUCCAGUCACCAUCUUGUCCAUCUUCAAUGCCUAUAAGGUGGACCCAAAGCUUUACACGAUCAUUUUUGGAGAGUCGCUCUUGAAUGAUGCUAUUUCCAUUGUCAUGUUCGAAACAUGCGCCAAGUUCCACGGCAAAAAAGUCACCUUCUCCUCCUUCUUUGAAGGUGUGGCAUUAUUCUUAAUGACCUUCACGAUUUCCACUUUUAUCGGCAUUGCAAUUGGUAUCAUUGUGGCCUUGAUCUUGAAACACUCGCACAUCAGGCGCUAUCCGCAAAUCGAAACUUGUUUAGUUUUGCUCUUCGCCUACCAAUCAUACUUCUUUUCCAAUGGUGCCCACAUGUCUGGAAUUGUCUCUUUGCUUUUCUGCGGCAUCACCUUGAAGCACUAUGCUUACUUCAACAUGUCCAGACGAACACAAAUCGCCACAAAAUAUAUCUUUCAGUUUCUUGCUCAGCUAUCGGAAAACUUUAUCUUUAUCUACUUGGGUUUGUCCUUGUUCACUGAGGUUGAGUUGGUAUUCAAGCCAUUAUUGAUUAUUGUCACUUUUAUUUCCAUCUGUAUCGCCCGUUGGUGUGCUGUGUUCCCUCUCUCUAGGCUCUUGAACUUCCUUUAUCGUUCGAGAUUCGAAAGAUUUAGCAGAAACACCGUCAUGUCUGGUGGCAUCUCUUCCCAGUCUCAACCAGAAGAUAUAAGCCAUCUGUAUCAAAUGAUGAUAUUCUGGGCCGGAUUAAGAGGUGCGGUUGGUGUUGCCUUGGCUUUAGGUAUCCAAGGUGAAGCCAAGUGGACUCUUCUAGCAACGGUGUUGGUUGUUGUCGUACUCACCGUCAUCUUUUUUGGAGGCACCACAGCUUCUAUGCUUGAAAUACUAGGUAUUAAAGUUGGUUGUGUGGAAGAGAAUGACUCUGACGAUGAGUUUGACAUUGAAGCACCUAGAGUUGCUCUUGAAUCUACCCCAAGUGUUAACAUCAUGGGUAGUCGAAGAUACGAAAACAAUCCUUACGCUAACGGCAAUUCAAGCACCAACUUCAGAAAUACCAGCAACACGAGUCUUCCGUACAUAAAGAACUCCAGUCUACUGAACUCAAGGAAUAAUUCACAGCCUGACCUAGCCAACGAUGAUGAUGAGUUGAAUGGAAGUGAUGUCGACGACAUGUUGACGACCUCCAACAACUUGCCUGGAGCGAACUCUUCAUCUGCCGCUCAAGUAAACAAUGGUAUAUUGGGGGCUUUCUUGAGUGCAGAGGAGCAUGCGAAAUGGUUUACGAAGUUCGAUGAAGAGGUUUUGAAGCCUGUUCUCCUAGACAAAAUGCCCGGUCAACGCGGAAAUGACAACAAUGACGGCUCACCUGUUUGA